UCUGUUUAAAUCAUUUCUUGUCAAUUUUGAUUUAUUAAUUUACAUCGGUUUUUUUCUCACGAAUUAUACACUUCUUAAAAUGGAUAGAGCUCCCAAACCGAAACUUUUCAAGUCGAAAUUUGGAAAUGGUGAUGGUCUGUGUCCAGCUCCGAAAAAGAAGUAUGGAUAUUUAGGCGCACCUGUAUCUGAGCCGCCUAAUCCCCACAACUUCCUCAGGAAACAUGAAGGGAGACAAUGUUACGCUGCAACCACUAAACAAGAGCCAAUGACGCCCGCUAAAUCGAAAACCGUUGUUUCCAAGUUAUCUGAGUGUCUCCCAUCGCUAAAACCAUCAACAACUUGGGCGAAUUAUGAAGCAAACGACAAGAAUAACGUUAAAAAAACGAGCUCGAAGCAACCCAAAUCUACUGUGAUUAUAGAUCAUUUUGGUUCCUCAGCUAGUAAGGAGCCCAUCAAAACAUGUGGAAAAACUGAAGUUGAUAUCAGAAAUUAUCAAAAACCGAGAAACAUCAAGAGUUCAAUUCCGAUCAGAAAGAAGCUCCCACAAUCACGCCAAGUUAUGGUGAAAGAAAAUACAGUUAUUUUAUCGAGAACUGAGAGAAAAAUUGAUAUUGAUUCAAGAAUGCGGCAGCUUUUGGAAGCUAUUGAUCAAUGUUAUUGAUAAAUUCUGUUCAAUUGUGAAAAACUAAAGACAAUAUGUUUUUUAUUCAAUAUCUUAUUUAUUAUACUGUUCAUUGAAUUAUUUAUUAUUGGCUAAAUUAAAAGUGAA